UUCCUCUCAUCUCAGUCGUUGUGCUCCUAUAUAACCUCUGACACCGACCCUCUCUAUGUCAUAGUCAUUAUUGAUGGUUUGGUGACAGCAGGUGUCUGUACAUCAGCGUGAUCCUGAGCUGAAGAUAUUUGGAGGUGCUUUGCUGUGUGGUAGAUUUUUUGUUGGUUUAAGAUAAUAACUUUAUCAUUCUAUCCAGUUGUGCACUUACUGAAAACCCAAACAUCCAGAUUCAACAGCAAAAAACAGCAGAGUUUUUGAUUUGAAGUCUGGUAACCUGCAGCCAGGUGAAUAUGACGAACCCAUCAGCUCUCUUGAGACUGGCCUCACUGCUGCUGCUGCUGGUGUGUGGCACAGAUGCAGAGAUACAGAUCAUACCCAACAAGAUAGAUGUGCUGGUUGGAGGAGAUACAUUACUAUUGUGUAAAGCUGGAGGAGAGGCAGAUAUAACAUGGCAGAAGGAUGGGGAAGACAUUGAAGAAGAAAAGGUGACAAAGAUUGAUGAGACCUCCUCUAAGCUGAUCAUUAAGAAUGUUACUAUACAGAACACAGGCAAAUACACUUGUGUGUGCGAAUUCGAAUCGGGACACAACGACAAGGUCCAAGCACAGCUGUUUGUUUAUGAGGGUCCAUCAUUUGGAGGCACCACAAUCUACCAUGAGUUUCUGGAGGGCACAAACGGGGUGGUGCCGUGCCUGGCGACUGGCCGGCCAGCAGUGGACAUUCAGUGGAUUCGGAACACGCAAGAAAUCCCUUCUAAAGAGGGAGGACGUCUGCGUCGACUUCCUGAUAACACACUCCAUAUUGAAAAAGUGAGGAGAGAGGAUGCUGGGACGUACGUGUGUCAGGCGCAGAUCAGAGGACGAACCAUUUACCAGCAGCUCUCUGUCUCUGUUGUUAUCAACGCUCCUCCUAAAGUGCAUCUGAGAGAGGAGGUGAAGAAAGUAAUGGCUGGAUCAGAAACCAACGAGUCUUUGCUUUGUUUGGUGGACGGCCACCCGAAACCCAAUAUCACCUGGACCAUGCCGCUGUCAUUAGACCCUUUUCGUCAUCAGUUCAACUCAGACCGCAGUCAGUUGACUAUACGGGCUGUAGCGAGAGCUGACUUCGGGGAGUACAUCUGCACCGCAGCCAACAAGAUAGGAGAGGACCGUGCAACCAUCAUGCUUCAUGUUUUUGAGGCCCCAGAGGUGUUUGUGUCAGCAGUGCAGCAGAGCGUGUCAGGGGGCGAGCGUGCGUCUGUGUCCUGUAACGUCUCUGGACAUCCUCAGCCCGAGCUACACUGGCUCAACAAGAACAAUGGACAGACACUGGACUCGACUUCUGGUCGUAUCCAUGUGGUGGACGGUGUGUUGCUGAUAGAUGACAUGAUGCCCUCUGAUGGUGGGACGUAUUCUUGCAUGGCAGUCAGCAUAUCUAGGAAUGCAUCCAGAGAUGUUAAAAUAUACACCCAGCCCGGUCUCCCUCACUACCUGUCGGUCUCGCCUGGCCCUACCUCAGUCUUCUUCUCCCUCAAGACUCUACCCAUCAGUGGAGGAAUGCCAAUCACAAGUUUUGCCUUGCAGUGGAGGCAGAGCUCAGCAGAAAAGUGGAACGAGGUCACACUACCAGCUUCAGAUCCCCUAGCUGUCACCGCCCUCAAGCCUUAUACAUUGUACACAGUGCGUUUAGCUGCCUUGAAUGCAGCAGGACUAGGACAGUUCUCUGACCCAAACAGCGUUCGCACCCAGGGAAUACGUGAACCCGACAGUCCAGUUUUGUCGCUCAAUGAGAUUAAAGUGAAGGGCAACACCUUCUCUACCCCUCUUAAGCAGAUAGACGAUGGCGGAGUGCCUCUGCUGCACUUCAUCAUUCGGUACAAACAGGAUAAAGAAGGGGCUGAGUGGAAAGAGAUGCAGCUGCCGUCCACCACUGACACCGUCUCCCUUAAAGACCUGUCUUUUGGCUCAGACUACCAACUGGAGGUCACAGCGGUGAAUACUAAUGGUUCCUCUAUUCCUGCCACAUUGAACUUCACCAUCGCGGAAAAGCCUCCGAGUAGCCGUACCAUGACCAUCCUCAUGACCAUCGCUGUGAAACUCUUUGGACAUCAAGUUCCAGGCCUCAAAAUGCUGGAGGAAGGAUCGGGGAGCACUAACGGAGACGUGACGCUGAAAGGCAUGUCCACUCCGAGAGGCAGUAUGCAACAGGUGGGGGUUCAGACAAUCACCAAGGAGGGGGGGCAGCUCACAGAGGUCACCUGCGACAAAGCCCCCCUCACCAAAAACGAGAAAACACAUCCAGAUAGAAACCAGUCCGCUGCUGACGCAUGAGGCGAGAAAGUGGUGAAACAAUGAACAUGAGCGUGAACGUGUGAAAUAUUGUACAGCUUUAAACAACCACUGACUCAGAACACUAAGUCAUCGCUACAUUGGAUACUACUGCCAUGGGAAAGGUCAAACGUCCUGAUCACACAUAGAAGAAUACUGGUCUUUUACAAAACCCUGAGCGUCUCCCUCCAAAACCGCCAAGGGCAGGAGACGGUUUCAUUUUGAAGUAUAUUUUAGUUUUUCUGUCUGCUCUGAUGAGUUCAAGCUAAACAGAUCUUGAGAUCUGUGAUUUACAGGGUAAAAUAGUCGUUGCUUUUUAAUUUUCUUUGCUAAAUAUUCUUAAAGACACAAAAAUGUUUACCUUCUGCAUUUUGAAUGUUGUAGACAGGCACAAGGUCUCCUGUCAUAUUUACUCUUUCUUUAACCCCAAGUGUUUCGUGUAAAACCACUUUUUAAAAAUCCCCAAAAUAUUUUUGUUACUGUUUUUGUUGCUCUUAACAUUGCAUUUGGCUGCUGCUUUUUUGGUUAUGUUAUAUAUAUGUAUGUACAUUUUGUAUAAUGUUUUAGAAAAUGUAUUCUCAUUUCGACCAAUAUUAUUAAAACAUUUAAAGGGCCCUUCAGCUUGAACUUAAACUAACUUGAUAUUUAUUAUUUUAAAGCCAUGCAUGAGAGAUAUCACAACGAGAGGCUUUGGAUUUUAAGUUUUUUUUGUAGAUAUAGUUUUACUGUUGAGCUCUUUUUGAAAAAUACUUUUGAUCAUGUUCAGCAACUAACACUGACGACCUGUAAUCAAAACCGCCUUUUACUAUGAAAAAACAUUUUAAAGUACCUGUAAUAAUAUGCAAACAAAGUGGACUAGUUAUACUCUCCUAGUCUAUACUAUUAGUUACAAUAAUCAAACAUAAAAAUAAAUGAACAUUUUUCAAGUCUAAUAUUUAAUUUGGCUGCAGCUUUUUUUGCCUGUUUGCAAAUGACCUGAGCACAUCAACAAAGAGUUUCUUAUUCUUAUUGUAUUGUGUUGAACACUGUACAUGGUUAUAUAUACAUCUUUGUAUUUGAUAAUAAAUGGACUGUAUGUAAAACA